AUGUCUGCGCCGCCGGCGCUGCACAUCCGCGAGGCGAACGCGCACCUGGCGGCCGUGCACCGGCGCGCCGCGGAGUUGGAGGCACGGCUGGCCGCGGCGGAGCGCACGGUGCGCGCCCAGGCCGCGCGGCUGGCCCAGCACGACCAGCAGCUGCGCGCCGCCCUCGAAGACCUGGGCCGCGCCAAGGACCGUGAAAUUUCAGCACUCCGAGAGCAGUUGCUGACCUCUGAGGCCACCGUCCGUAGCCUGCAGGUAGCUGUGCACCAAAGGGACAAGCUUGUGGGGCAGCUACGACCCCGGGCGGACCUGCUGCAGGACAUCUGUCACCGGCGACCACCCCUGGCCGCACUGCUGGUUACCCUGGAGGAGGCUGAACGACUGGGGCCUUUGCCGGCCAGUGACCUGAGCCACCUGCUUUCUGAGGGGCCUGAGUCAUCCCUGGCUAACUGCACCCAGGAGGAGGGAGACGAGGGCCGACUGCAGCCCACUGUGUUUGGGACCACGGUGUGAGCCACACAGCAGGGUCCAGAAGGGAUGCAGAAGGCCAUCCACUGCCAUGAGUGUUUUCAGAUGUCACCAGGGUUCUGGAGUGCGCCCCCCCAACCCCCCCCCAACAGCAUAAUGCUAUCCAAGAAGUAAAACAAGCUGGAGGCGGAGUUCUCCCCCCCCUCCACCAUGUGUGUGUGGGCACAACUAUAGAGGUCAAGGUAUAGCUGCAGGUGGCAGUGCCCUUCUUUUCCCUGUUUGAGGAAGAAUCUUGUUCACAGCUGCAUUCACCAGGCUGUCUGGCCCUCAAGCUUCCCAGGGUCCCGUUUCCACUCCCUUCUUCGCUGUAGGAGUACUGGAAUUCCAGAUUCUAGCCACAGCCUCCAGCUGUCUAUGUGGAUAUGGGUUCUGGGGGUCCCAACUCAGGUCCUCAUGCUUUUGAGUUCUCUGUUUAAAAAAAAAUUUUUUUUUCAGCUGGCCAUGGUGGCGCACACCUUUAA